AUGCGCUCAAGAACUGGGUGCUUGACGUGUCGAUCCCGAAAGCUGAAAUGCGACGAACAGAAGCCGCAAUGUUCGCAAUGUUGGAAGGCAUCUCGUGAGUGUCGACCCAGCGAGGGCGUAGUUUUCCGUCACCAACAGAAUGCGUCUAUGAAUAUGAAUGGAACGGUGACGGGCGAUGGUGACGGAAGCUCCUUGAGGCGGUUUUAUUCAUACAAAAAUACCUUUGAUGAGAAUAGCGUUUGGUUGGAGAUCCCCAAACAAAUUACGUUUAUUGACAAUUCUGAACCGUUCGUGGAGGAAUAUGACCACCCUAUCGCGUCAACCAGCGAUCCUGUUGCCAACCCACAACCUCUAACCUGGGAUGCUAAUGAUAAUUACCGUCAUCAAUCAUCACUAGAUGUCCAGACACAAGGUCUGGAGGCUCUCUCAGAGGCGGCAACCGGGGGACCUUAUCAUCUUCUCCCGAACUCUUCAACCCCAGUCCAUCCGUCGACGAGGAGAAAUGAUAUUGUCAGUAAUCUUGCGAAUAAUACUGCCUCGAGUCAGGCUGAACUGCCAGCUCCUCUGGCACUAGCAGUUUCUGUAAACCCUACACGUCCAAGUAUGCCAGCUCCAACAUUCUCAUCCGCAUCAAUAUCCUCCCCGAACAACAAUAUCAAUUUUAUACUCAACCCGUCAACAUCAACGUUCUCCCCUAUCGACCCGAAUCUCCAGUCGUCUCCACACCAUAGCAAAAUGGCACUCAGCGCUUCAACGCCAUCUGGGUCGAAAGAGUUGAAUUCAGGUCUAGGAGCUGAAGUGGGUGUAGAUGUUGAGUCUGACCGUAAGAUUGCAUUCUUGCUCCGUCAUUUUUCAGAAGCUCCAGGACAAUGGAUGGAUCUUUUUGAUUUUGGCACAUAUUUCGCCACCUACGUUCCUGUUAAAGCCAUCACUGAGCCCUUGCUAAAAUACGCCGCUUGCGCAUAUGCAGCUAAGCAGUUGGGGCGGGUGAAAGGUAAAAAGGCUAUAGUAGGAGGCAUAUGUGGUAGACAGGCCACAAUGGAAGUUUGGCCUGAUGCUGAGAAGAUUGACUGGUAUUAUCACUGUGCAAAAUAUUAUGAUAAAGCUAUCCAGCUUCUGAUGGAAGUUUUGCACCCGGAACCAGAGCUGUGUAAUGAUUCUAGUCCGUCUCAGAAACGGCAGGAUUAUCCAAAUAGCUGUCUAUCAAGCACACAUUCAGAUGAAGUACUUGCAGCAGCGGCAAUUUUAUCAUUGUAUGAAUUUCUCGAGACAACCGGACCAACUUGGAAUCGGCAUCUGAAUGGAGUCCAGUCGUUGUUUGAUAUUGCAGAAGCUGGUAUGAUGCCAGUGGAACAACUGGAGUUAGCAGGCGCACAAAGGCUAGGGCUCUCCAAGGCGCGGGAGGCGACGUUCUGGAGUUUCGCUCGUCAGGAUUAUUUAUCUGCUUUCAUUAACCAGUGCCGGACGGGGCUCAACACGGAAAAUUUGUUCCUUUGGACUGAAGCUGGCCUUCUGUUGGAUAAUGCAGGAUUUGUCCGGCCAAGUAAUACAACUGGUUCGGGAUAUCCAGAAGGAGAUGUCAUGAAAGAAGAUUUAAUAUCGAAUGCACUAAUUUGGAUCCUCUCGAAAGUUGUGAAUUUUAUAGCAACAGGUAACAGCUUAAGCAGCACGGAGAAUGACCCUACCGAAUCUUCUUCCAUUGGUGUCUGGCGGCAAACUGCUUUUGAGAGAUGGGAUAGGCUUCAAACAGAGCUCGGCAGAUGGUACAGUGGCUUACCGAACACGUUCAAACCUUGCAUCAGACUGGAGUCUUCUUAUCCGUCUUUCCAAGGUCCAGAUGAAGAGCCGUUACCUUGCCAGGAAGUGUGGUACAGCCUCCCCAUGUGUGGAUCAACAAUGCAGCAUUACCACAUGGCAUGUAUCCUUCUUCUGGCCAAUAAACCACCCGAAUCCACUGUGAAUGAGCAUAUGGUGGCAAGCAAGUCGAAAUCCUAUCCAGCCACAGAGAAUGAGAUAAUAUUCCACUGCCGUGAGAUUUUCGGAAUCUCUAUGGCUCGACUGGACGCUUCCGUGCGUAUCCAUUCCGUACAACCUUUGUUUGUCGCUGGCCAGUGUCUCACCUAUCCUCGAGAGCGCAGAGCCAUUCUGCAACUGUUAAAUGGGAUUGAGGAUGAUCUUGGAUGGGCUACUGAAUACCGUGUUAAGCAACUGCUGAAGGAAUGGGAGGGGGGUGAAAUGCCAGAGAAUGUUCCGGGGACUUGGAAUCAUGUGUCUUCGCGGACAGAACCAUCUAAGACAAUAUCAUGA